AUGCGCCUUAUCAAUUGCAGGAUGUACCGUGUCUCUGCAGGAAAAUAUACGUACCUCUUUGAAUUCCUCGAUCUUUUAAUUCAUUUUAUUUUAUUUAAAUCUCUCUCCCUCUCUCUCUCUCUCUCUCUCUCUCUCUCUCUCUCUCUCUCUCUCUCUCUCAAGUUUUCGUGCCAUUUUCUCUCUCUCUCUCUCUCUCUCUCUCUCUCUCUCAUAUACUCAGUAAUUUUUUUCUCUUUCUCUCAUAUACUCAGUAAUUUUCUCUCUCUCUCAUAUACUCACUACCUGUCUUUCUCUCUCGCCUCUCACCUACCUGUUUCUCUCUUUCUCUUCAGCUACCUGUAUCUCUCUCUCUCGCCUCUCAUAUGCCUGUCUCUUUCUAUCACUUUCACUCCUCACAUGCAUGUCUCUCUUUUCACCCCUCACCUGCUUGUCUCUCUCUCUUUCACCCCUCACCUGCUUGUCUCUCUCUCUUUCACCCCUCACCUGCUUGUCUCUCUCUCUUUCACCCCUCACCUGCUUGUCUCUCUCUCUCUCGCCUGUCAUCUGUUUGUCAUUCUCUCUCGCUCGCCUCUCACCUGCUUGUCUCUUUCUCUCGCCUCUCACCUGCCUGUCUCUUUCUCUCGCCUCUUACCUGCCUCUCUCUCUCUCUCUCUCUCGCCCUCUUACCUGCCUCUCUCUCACCCUCUCCUGUCUCUCUCUCUCUCACCUCUAUCUCUCUCUCCUCUCCUGCUCUCUCUCUCUCUCGCCUCUCACCUGUUGUCUCUCUAUCUCUGCCUGUCUCCCUCUCUUUCUCGCCUCUCACCUGCUUGUCUCUCUCUCUCUCUCUCGCCUCUCACCUGCUUGUCUCUCUCUCUCUCACGCUUGUCUCUCUCUCUCCCCCUCCUCACCUGCCUGUCUCUUUCUCUCGACUUUCACCUGCCUGUCUCUCUUUCGUCUCUCAUCUGCUUGUCUCUCUCUCUCUCUCUCGCCCCUCACCUGCCUGUCUCUCUCUCUUUCACCCCUCACCUGCCUGUGUCUUUCUCUUGCCUCUCACCUGCCUGUCUCACCCUCUCUCUCUUCUUACCUUUUUUUUUUUAUGUUCCUAAUGCUUUCCUUUAUUUAUUUUUUUUUUGUGCUUCUUGUCGAUUUCUCUUUCGUUUACACUUCCGAUGUUUUAUCUUUCCAUUCAUUCUCUUCUUCCCCCCCCUCUCUCUCUCUACUCUAUCUUCUCCCCGCUCUCCCGUAAUUGUUUUAUUUACUUUCCUACAUCUUCCUGUUGCUGUUCUUUUUCUUCUCGUCUCUAUCUCCGUGCCGACUUUGUCUUCUAUUCUGUGUCGACCUGGCAGUCGGAUCAGGUGGUAUGAUGAAACCUGUGACGUCACUGCCGCCUGCCGGUGA